CCGUGUAAACAUAAAUAACAAAAUAAGACCAAAAACACGGGACCGUCACAGUACCCUACUCACAGAGAAAAUUCAAAAGUCUGCUCAAAGUCUCCUCUCUCUCUCUCUCUGUACUCCAGUCAUUUUCUUCCUCCACAUAUCACAAUCCCCAAAUCUACCCUUCUUCUUCUUCUUCUUCUUCUUCCUCUUCAAAAUCCCAUCAAUAUUCAGCCAAUCCACUCACACAGACCCACAAAAAAUGGGACUCUCAUCUACUGAGUUCCUUCUAAACCUCCUGCUGCUCACAGUUCUCUUCGCCAUAUCCACCUCAGCACCUUUCAAGUGCACAUCAUCGUCAUCAUCAACAUGUCACGCCUUAAUAGACUACAUCCCUCCAAACACCACAUCCCUCUCAUCACUCAAAACCCUCUUCUCAGUCAAAAACCUCCGCUCAAUCCUAGGCGCUAACAACCUCCCUCUCUCGACCCCAUCAAACAACAACGUACCCGCCCAAACGACCAUCAAAAUCCCUUUCCCAUGCAUUUGUAGUAACGGGACUGGCAUCUCUAACAGUAAACCAAUCUACAUCGUCCAACCCGGCGACAUCCUUGAUCAUAUUGCUAGAGAAGUGUUCUCGGGGUUGGUGACGUUCCAGGAAAUCGCGGCCGUUAACAGUAUACCGGAUGCUAAUGUGAUUGAGGCUGGACAGAAGCUGCGGAUUCCGUUACCGUGUAGCUGUGACGAGGUCGGGGGUGAAAGAGUUGUUCAUUAUGGGCAUAUUGUUGAAAGUGGGAGUACGUUAGAAGUGAUUGCAGAGGAGUAUGGCACUAGUAAAGAUAUUCUUAUGAGUCUUAAUAAUGGUGUUAAUGAUACUUCUCUAUUAGCUGGUCAAAUUCUUGAUGUCCCUCUCCAAGCUUGCAAUUCAUCGGUGACCACUAGCUCAUUAGAUUACCCUUUACUUGUUCCUAAUGGCACUUAUGCUUUCACUGCCAAUAGUUGCGUGAGAUGCAAGUGUGACUCUGCAAACAACUGGAUAUUGCAAUGCGAGCCAUCUGGGCUUACAAUAGCCAACUCCACUUGGUCUACUUGUCCUCCCAUGAAAUGUGAUGGUGCAGAUAAUCUAUCCAUUGGCAACAGCACAAAUGCGGGCUGCAACACCACCACUUGUGCCUAUGCUGGGUUCUCUAACCAAACAAUCCUGACAGCACUUGCCACUGUAUCCACUUGUCCAGCCAGCACUCCAGGCUCUGGCAGUGACAAUUACGCUUCAAGUAGUGGUAUGAGUUGGAAGUUCCUCAUAAUUUCUCUUCACCUGUUUUUGCUUUGUGUAUAUCCUCUUCAGUAAUAUAUUUGUACUUCUAUGCGGGUUCCCCCCCCCCCCUUUUUUUUUGUUGUGAUGAGGAUGUAAAAGAGCAAUUAUGUGUAAGAAAUCUCUUAAACUUGUCAAUUACUUCAGUGUAUGAGUAAUCAUUUUUCUUCAA